ACACCACCUGAUAUAGUGUAACAAACUUUUGUGAAAUUUUAAUUAAUUCUUUAUUCAACUAAUUAAUUAUUCAAUUAUUUAUUUAAAUAACUAGUAAAAUAAAUAAUUAUUUAAAAGGUUUCUCAGUUGAAGAAAAAAAUCCAGUGCGGCAUAGAAUGAAGUUGUACAUGAGAUUGUGUUAUCUCCUCGUCUGCGUAUCGGUAGUUAUCUCUACGUCCAAACCUAACUGCUUCUUAGAGUUCUUUAGAGAAUGGAACCGCUGUUCCGAGCCAUCCUCAGAGUUGGGAACUUAUUUCUACAGAACGUGCAACAGCUUCUGCCAGGUUUGUUUGGACGCCAUUAGCGGCCACUGCUUCCAAUAUCCAAGCAUCUGCUACCCGCACUUUCUGAGGAACAACCGAAGAUGUCGAUGUUACGCCCCUGGAAGAUAUGACAGGAAGUGGUGGGAUCCUACCUGCUGGCUCUGAGUGACCACUUGCCUGUCCGUCACCUGACUUGGUCAAAUUUAUAUUUUGGUUUAUGAUGCUGUUUGAUUAUUUUCACAUUUUUCAGAAUAAUGAGGUUAAUGUCAUGAUAACGUUAUGUUAAUGUUGUUACUCGUUGUUAUUCUGCUCUAACGGUUGUCUAUUUAUUAAUUUUUUAGACGCGUUUUGUUUGAAUAUAAUACAACAUUUGUUUCGCAUAGAUGUUUUUGAGCGUGUUUGGUGAUUAAAUAAUUUAUUAGUUUCUGUAGUUUGGAUUAGAUAUAUCAACUUGUCACCUAUGGCAUCAAUGAUUAAUUAGCUAACGGUAAAGAGCAGGUCUAUAACUGUUGAGAUUGAAAUAUAUUUUUGAUGGAGUGAAAUAAAGGAGAGUAUGACUUGA